AUGGGCGGGGUUCCCUCACGUGAUGCGUCUCCUACCUUCUUCUCCCUUCGCUAUGGCGCACACGAGGUGGGGCUCAUUCCGCUCCUACAUGCUUACUUCCGCAGUGAGGAGAAGGAGUUGCGGGGGCAGUUUGUUCGUAUGCGCAACGAUCCAAGCGUGCGGUACAGCUUCAUGCGUGGCACGGAGUACAACAUGAGGCAAUUACCACCGGCGUCGUACACCGAGGAAAAGCUUGACAAGUUACUUGAUGUUAUUGAUGCAACUCUGUAUGACACUGCAAAGGAGAUGCUGGAGGAUGAAAAAGCCCCACUGCGUCCUGUACCAUGUGCUGUUUGUUUUGUUUACGUCAAUGGUCGAGAAGGAACAGAGUGUUUUCCAUUCUACGGUCGGCGCAUAAAUGUUAUUGGGCACUUUGGCUGCCACAAGUACGAGGAUAGAGGGGACGAGGAGCCCUGCCUCUAUCUGCGAAAAGCUAUUUUAAAAGCGGCUGGGGACCGUACUUUGGAGCGGGUGGUGACGCUUGCCGCGAUGGUGCUCAAGGAGGAAUUUUUCAGGGCAGCUGCAUCGGUUUAUAGGGGGCAGGAGGCGACGGAACUGUUUUCGCGCCGCAUCUCUCGUCUCUCGCUGAUUAGCGGUACGCUGUGGAAUAGAUAUCCUGUGCUAAAAUUACUCCAUGACACGGCUGCCUUUGCGUGGAGUGUGGAAAAUGUGCAGGAGCACCGCGAUGCCCCGCGCUUUUGUGCCUACGAGGUACCGGAAACUGGUGAAAGCGGUCUGGUGAUGCAGAUGGAUGGGUCGCUGCUGUUGCGGUUUAUCUGGAGGGCGUGCUCCACCGUCAUCCCGUCCAUGGUGCGUGGGAUGUGGGAGCAGUUCGUCCUGGACGACGCGUUGACGCAGCAGAAGGAGCGGGUGAUGAGCAACUGGCUGAAGAUCAGCCCGGAGGUAAACAUCUUCCUGGGGGGCGAGGAAUUCACGUCGCGGGUGAAAAACCAUCUUGAGAAUUUGCUCCGCGAGGUGGUUCGGGCGCGUGAAACCCCGACGGACGACCUGAGCGUCUGGAGCGCAGAGCAGGAGUGCGGCCCUGACGGUAAAAUAUACCGCAUCUUCAAUUCACCCAUUUGUGGACCAUUUCUUGCCACUGUCAAUGUGAAACGGGAGAAGUCGCAUGGCACCAGCAACGGGUAUCGCAAGGCGCAGCAGGCUUUUGAGCCGAAAUUAAACAACUUUGGUGCCGCGGUUAAAAGUCGCGGCGGUGUGCCGCUAAGACACAUCUGGCACGCGAACAUGGGACCGCAAGCGCCCACCACCGGGCUUUUGCCGGAGUACGAUGAAACCGUAAAUUACAUUGCCUCGCCGCGAUUCGUGUCGCCGGGACCCUCGACGAUCUGCCAUAUGGCAUUGCCUGUUUCAGUGCUGCCGCCUAGUGGCACUUCCCUUGCGGCCACGCACAGUUCAUCUGUGGUAGUGCUGCAGCAGCCUCUUAGUCCCACUCCGGAGUCCCUGCCUAUUUCCACCAUCUCUGCGCCAGUGAGCUCAGGCUUUCUUCCCUUCUACCAGGAAUUGCCCAAGCCAACGCCGCUCGCAAUGCAGUCACUUGGAAUGCCGUACGUUGUGCUCACCAAGUCAGUUUCCGCGAUAGCGCAGCAGAAUCCGAUACCAGUGAACACAAGCGUCACCACGGCGAAGGGCGGCACAGACCGCAACAACGGCAACGGCAACGGCAACGGCAACGGCAACCGUCUCGGCGGCGGCACCGGCAAUGCUUUCGCCAAGUGUGGCGGAGCCACCUCCACGUUGUUUCAGCCCCAACUGACAACCCCCGGCCCCAUAAAUGGGGCAACGUUUAGCAAUUUAGUGAACGUAACGACGGGGUUGCAACAAACAUGCAUGCAGUCUGUAGGAAAUUACGUUUUGCUGCCGGAUGGGAGAAUUGGGCUGCUAGGUUCCGCACCCGUGACCUCAACGGGCUACUUGAAUCCCUGA